AUGCUCCGCAAGGAGUCUGAACCUGCCGCCACGAACGGUGCGUCUCUCGGAGGACAGAGCUCUGAUCAGGGUGGCACGAAAGCGACCAAAGCGUUUGAGCUGUUGCGAAAGUACAUGGACGACAUCCUCGACGUAUACAAGCCCGAGCUGCGCAAAUUACUAUGGCCCGUUUUCGUCUACUCAUACCUGGACCUGGUGCGCGAGUACUUCACCAAGGAUGCGGAAGCUUUCUUUGCAAAGUACCGCAAUACUUUUGAACGAGAUCACCCCCAGGAUGUCAACACCCUGAGUGCCGUGCGCCUGCCGCCACAUUUGACGACGGACAGCCUCGCGAAAUUAUACCUUGACAACAAGUACCGCGUGACUAUGACUCUGAUGCCGUUCUACAACCUGGUUCAGUUCUUGGAAUCUAAAAUGUUCGAAGGAGGUCAAGCACUAAUAGACGUUAUACGAGACCAUUUGAACAUCGUCACUGUGGACCGAACAGCGACCACCGAGAGAAGCAUCGCCGCAAUUCUAGCCAGCGGACAGGAUGAAGAUGAACUUCCUGCGGAAGACGAAGGAAUCCCUGGCCACAACCCCGGUCAUCCGCUCACAUCGCGACACGAUCCUGAAGCCGAUGCUUCCCGGAUACGGCUGGCGCUUGGACCGUACCCUCUGGAUCAAGACUUACAGGACGACGUGCGCGCGACGCUCCAGGACGAAGACGCUAAAAACGCGCCAAGGCCAGGACAGCCUUCACUUGUGGAUGAGUACGAGGCGCGCAUAAAACGCGAGCCGACAGACGACGUACCCUCUCGUGACUUGAUACCUCUUCCGCCAUCGCUUGCCCGAGACGUCUCAAUGGAGGUGCAAAAAGUGGUUGAACACCGCGACCGCUAUAGACUGGAGGGUACCAGAACUGGUGGUGUCGGCCCUGGAGUCAGCGUCACCAUGUACACCUUCCACAACACGUACGAUAGUAUCAACUGCAUCGACUUCUCGGGAGACAACAAGCUCGUUGCAGCUGGCAUGGCAGAGUCGUAUAUUCGAGUCUGGUCUAUGGACGGCAGUGCCCUCACGUCUCCCUCUGAAAACGCACAACCAGCUUCUUCGCGCCGGCUAGUUGGCCACUCGGGGCCCAUCUACGCAGUCGCUUUCUCCCCUGCCACAGUCAACCCGGAUCCCACAGGCCCUUCGACAUCAUCACAGUACCUACUCUCCGCAUCAGAAGAUAAGAGUGUCAGGCUAUGGUCCCUGGAUGUCUGGCAGUGUCUGGUAGCGUAUCGCGGUCACGACAACCCCAUUUGGGACUUGCAAUGGGGUCCUUACGGUCAUUACUUCCUCACAGGUUCGAACGACCGCACCGCCCGCCUUUGGGCCACUGAUCAUAUUGAGCCGCUCAGAAUAUACGUCGGACACGAGAACGACGUCGACUGCGUAGCCUUCCACCCGAAUAACCUGUACGUUUUCACCGGUUCCUGUGAUAGGACGGUGCGGAUGUGGCACACAUCUGGUGGCAACUGUCUUCGCCUGUUUACGGGACAUACCGGAAACGUCACCUCCAUUGCCUGCUCGCCUGACGGCAGAACACUCGCCAGCGCAGACGACAUGGGCAACAUCAUCUUAUGGACCCUCGAGACCGGUCGCCGGAAAAAGCGUAUGCGUGGCCACGGCAAAGGUGGAAUUUGGUCCCUCUCGUGGAGCGUCGAGUCCACCAUUCUUGUAUCCUGCGGUGCCGACCAAACGGUGCGCGUUUGGGAUGCCAUACAAGAGACAAACGAGUCGACUUCGAAAGCCGCUGACGGCACUGCUGCAGCGAAAGCUGAUGGAGCUUUGACAACGAAGGGAGCAUCUGGAGCUCCCGUUACAGGCGCGAAGAAGAAUGCCAAGGAAUCGGGCGUUACGGCGGAUCAGAUUAGUGUGUUCCAAACAAAGGAGAGCCCUGUCUAUAAGGUGCAGUUCACAAGGAUGAACUUGGUGCUCGCGGGUGGUGCUUACCUGCCACGACCAACAAAAUAG